CGUUUAGUUACCAUGCCCUAUCCGGAACCAACAGAACGGGUGUAGGCUUCUGCAGUAAGGUAGAAAGCCACUAUUUUGUGUGAAACAAGAUCAAAGGGAUCCUGUCGCCAGGCGGGAGAGACAAGUGUUGUUGGAGGAACGGCAGGAAGAGUGAUAGGAGCGCAAAACGGUUGAUGUUGAGUGCCAGUGAAAUAUGUAUAUUUUCACUUGAAGAAACUAUUGCUCCAUUAUUAUCAUUAAGGGCCCUUGAUGAGGAUACCAUCGUUAAGUACUCUAAUGCAUCAUCCAGAACCGCAGAAAAGUGGCGUUUAAUGUUGUGCCAUUAUUUGUCAGCUUUCCUCAUAAUUCUGAGCUAAACACGUAGUGUGGCAGUAGCGGCUGCGAGUGGUCGUAUGAAGUUCUGUGUUUCCGGUGCUCGCGUGCAGUUUCUGGCAGAGGCAAACAAAUACCUCUGAGGCACAUAUUCCCACUCACACACAAACAUACCGAGGCUACUUUCCACACCAAGUACUUCUGCAGCAAGUGCAGCAAAGCAUCGAGAAAGCCGCCGGUGCCCUUUCCGGUUCCGGAAGAACCCUUGAAUGAAUUUUGAGUUUACUCUAAGAAUGUGCAGCCAGGCCGAACUCUGGCAGCUGGUUUGAGUGAGCGGCUGCUUCGGGGCUUACGUUGACGCAUACUAGGGAACAACAACAACAGCUUCCGUGUGAGGAAACCAUCAUCAGCAACAGGAGCCACGGGAGCAAAUCCUAGUGUAUACAAGGAACGUCGCCGCAUUAGUGUCAGCGAUGCCGGGAGUGGUGUUUCUUGUUUGUGUGCCAACGGCAAAUUAUGAACGAGCACUAGUUAAUGGAAUCAAUUACGACAACAGCGAAGUGCUGCCCCCUCCGAUACCGCCCCACCAGAACCAGCUGGGAUCGACCCAGCCGACGUAUAACGCCCCCGGUCGUCAUUUGAACAUAAACGUUCCGGAAAACGCAGUGCAAUCAGUCGGACAGAACGAUGCGGCUAAUGCCAUUUUACGGCUCGAGGUUGAGCUGCGUGAUAAGUGCGUGGUACAGAACAAUAGACGACCGGCCAGGCCGCGCCUUGGGCCUAGUGGAGCCCCACCAAGGACCAAUCCGUUCACCGGUGGUGGAUUCAAACAGCGCAACGAUAAUAGUACUGUUGUACCGUUGGAAAAGGUACUUGACGAGUUGCUGAAAAAGCUCGAGAUUGAGCACGUACUGUGGCAUCCGGAUCGGGCCGGCCACUACUACCAGGUCGUAUUUCCAUUAGCGGCUGGGGAUCCUUGCGAAACGACACUGCACUGUCUGACCGAGCUCGGAAUUGGCAUCCGUUCCAACUCGACUGUGAGUGUCCUGCCGUGCAGUGUCAGCUACGAUGGAACCACGCUGGAUGGCAAUGGUGCGGAUGAAGAUGACUACGGGGACGAUGCCGGCGAGGAAAACUCCCGUUGGAAUAACUUUGUCGAUUCGAUCCGGUCGAAGCUCACCGUGAAACAGGUGGUCGAUGGCGUCCGGGCCGGAGGUUCGUUAUCGUUUGACUAUCUGCUGCUUAUCGUUACGGCCGAUUCACUGGCCGCCCUGGGACUGGUUGAAAACAACGCUCCGAACAUUGUGGCCGCUAUGCUGGUUUCGCCCCUGAUGGGUCCGGUUAUGUCGAUUACUUUCGGGGCGAUCAUCGCCGAUCGGGAACUAGUGAAGGUGGGCUUCAUCUCGCUGGCCCUUGGAAUGUUUAUCUCGAUCCUGUUUGGAUUCAUCUUCGGUCUGAUCCUGGGCACCACCGAGAUGCCCUGGGGAUUCGGGGAUUUCCCCACCGAGGAGAUGAAGGGACGAGGAAAUGCGCGUUCACUCUGGAUGGGUAUUCUCUGGGCGCUAACAUCGGGAAGUGGAGUUGCGGUGGCGCUACUGCAAGGCUCCGCCGGACCCCUGAUAGGAGUGGCUAUUUCCGCAUCGCUGCUGCCUCCGGUCGUCAAUUGUGGUCUAUUCUGGGCACUGGCCUGCAUCUGGUUGAUCUACGAGGACAUCAAGAUACCGCAUCUCAAGGGCGAGGCGUACACCGGAAAUUCGAGCUACGAAUUCGUGUACACCAACUACAUCCCAACCGAGUUUCUAAUUAGCGGUAUCGUUUCCGGUCUUCUGACGGUAAUCAACGUUAUUUGCAUCUUCAUCACCGCUAUCAUCGUGCUCAAGAUAAAAGAGGUGGCCGCUCCCUACACAUCGAGCCCGGAUUUGCGAAGAUUCUGGGAAACGGAUAUCCGCACUGCGCGGACGGCCAACCGGACCACCAUCAGGAGGAAGCAAACGGGCGGCGGCGCGGCGGACCUCAUGUCGACCUAUACCGAGCUGGAAAACGACCCGAAGUCCAGAAACCUGGAAACAGCGCUCGAGCAAGCCCUGAAGGAGGCCGUCGACGAUGAUACCUAUCGAACGGUGAAACGGAUGAGCUAUUCGAGUAAUGCUGCGAGUGAGAUCGCUCAGCGUCUUCUCGGAAGUGGCGCCGUUGGAUCGUCGAACGCAGGAACACCGUCACCAAGUGCUGCCAGUGUUCGAAACUCGAAAAACACCGCCGACCUGAAGCUACUGGAGAAACUGGUUACAUCACUGCUGGAGGCGGAGGGCUCUUCGAGCCGUCAGCGAUCGGACAGCGGGAGUGGUGGCUCGAUGCUACAACGCUUGCGACCCAUGUCCAGGUCGUUCCGGCUGCCAAGUUCUAUCAAGCGUUCAAACAACAAUGGGGGAGAUUCGACGGGUGGUGGAGGUCCAAUGCCAACGAUUAGGGAAUCGGGAAGUGGUCAUAGAACUAGUUCCUGGAGUGAUCGGAACACCAAUGUGAGGAAAGUGCUUGGUUCGAUUGCGAAUGCGCCUCAGCGUUUUAGUCAUUCGUUUGCCGGGUAUGGUCGCAAUGAUGAAGAAAGAAGUAACUUGACGCACAAUAUUUUAUAGAUUCUUGUUAUUUUUGACUUAUACAAUAUUUCGCAUGAAUUCCUUUAAAGUAGUAUUGAUACAUUUCAUGCAUUAACUUUUUAUAAAACAUUAGUUGUUUGCAGUAUGAAUAAUUUGUUGUUACGGCUCAGCUAAAAGAGUAUUACUACUGAUAACCAGAAAGAAGAAACAUUCUCAAACAUACAUUUAAUAUAUUGAACAGAAUUUCGAUUACAUUCAUAUUAUACAUAAUUAUACAUAAUUACAAAUACUUUUGUUUUGGCAACAUUUUGUUUUCCCAACAGGUAUGUUGCUUUGUAUCACAUUCGUACUAUUUCAACGAAAUGGCUCAAUGUGAAUUACUUCAAUUCCUUGGCCAUAAUUAACAACGAGAUGAUUUUUGUAGGAGGAAGGCAGCCCUAUGUUAAACAAUAAUUGAAAUAAAGUAACGUAAAAAGGGUCUUUCAGAUUAAUCGCUCACGCAACAAAUUUUUAGAACUUCUACAAAAGUGAACCGAUUUUUUAUUUUUAAAAGGGAAAAUAAAGCUUAUUUUAGGACUUUUUCAAUGCGACCACUCCUUUUUUCGAUAACGCGUUUUAAACGGUGAACCAAAUUCUUCAUGCACAACUCUAACAUUACGACUUCGAUGCUGUUUAAAAUCCGAGUUAUUUAUUCUUUAAGUUCCUCCAAAUUUUGUGGUUUAUUAACAUAGCAACGGUCCUUCACGUACCCCCAGAGGAAGAAAUCGACGACGAGAAAUGUUGAAAUUCUUACCAUAAGAGGACACAGUUUCAUUAAGGCUUCGGUUGCUCGAGUAAUACGAUUUCACUAAAAAUACACGUUCUUGUAAAUUGUACAUCUUGACACUAUUAUUCGAAUAUUAUCGUCCCGAAGUGAGGAAUGCAGUGUUACCAUCGAUGGAGCGAAAAAAAAAUUCUAAGGAGCUAUUGGAUUUUUUUUGCGUGAGCGUUUAAUCUGAAAGACCCUGUACAAUACUAUGUUGACGUCGCCAAAAACAAGAAUUUUAGAUAUUUUAUGGCUUUCAUAUUGUGCCCUUUCUUGUCCCCUAUGUAUACAAAUUUAGGAUAUAUAUUUUUUGAUUAUAAUGCAAACCGCCCCAACGAUAAAAUGAGAUAUAUUCAAUUACUCAUUAAUAUUAUCCUGUAGCUGAAAAAGUUACGCUCAUCUUAUGCAAUUUGCUCACCCUCUGAGUGUGUUUGUUCAAUAUCCGGUGCUUCAGUUUAUGCUGAAAACCCCAAAAGUUAUAAUCUGGUAGCGCAUGAAAUUGAAGGAUAAGGCAAAUAAAAAGAAAUACUUGGUGUGGUGCGCAGGCAAAUA